AUGCGCGGCGGCUGCCUCUUCGUCUCCCAUGGCGGCGGCCCCAUGCCGCUUCUGGGCGACCUGUCGCACGCGUCGAUGGUGAAGUUCCUGCGCGCGCACGAAUACCGACCGUCCGCGGUAUUACUGAUCUCGGCGCACUGGCAGACCACCGUGCCAACCCUGACGAGCGGCGCGCGGCCGCAAUUGAUCUACGACUACGGCGGCUUCCCGCCCAAGAGCUACCAGUACACAUAUGCCGCCAGCGGUGACCCUGCAUUGGCCAAACGAGCCGCGGCGUUGCUUCAGGCGGCUGGUAUCGCCGCGCGCCUCGACGAGAGCCGAGGGUGGGACCACGGCGUCUUCGUGCCGAUGAUGCUCAUGUUCCCGAAAGCUGAUAUACCGAUAGUAUGCCUCUCGCUGCUGACAAAUGCGGACCCCGCGAAACACUUCGAGCUGGGGCGAGCUUUGAGGCCGUUGCGGGACGAGGGCGUGCUCAUCCUCGGGAGCGGCUCGUCUUACCACAAUAUGGGCGGCUUCUUCGGCGGCGUCGCCAACUGUGUAAUCAAAUUUCGCGGACACCCGACUCACUGGUUGAUUUCCACACAGGUCGCCAACGCGGCCGAAGCGUCGGCGGCCUUCGACGCCUACCUCACGACGGCCUGUGCCGCGCCGGCGGCCGAGCGAAGGAAGCUACUGGUGGACUGGGAGCGCGCGCCGUGCGCGAGGGCGUGCCACCCGCCCGGCGGCGAGGAGCACCUGCUUCCUCUCCACGUCGUCGCCGGUGCCGCUUUUGAUGACGAGUCGGGGACGAAGCUUUGGACCGAGCCGGACUUCUUCGGCCGGGUCACGAUGAGCUCCUGGGGCUUCUCUGUAUAGUUGUGUAAAAU